GGCCAUUAUUCCCCUCUCUCUCUCUCUCUCUCUCUCUCUCUCACCGCCGGACCGGAACUGGUUGUAGGAUGGGUCUCCUGAGAAGUGGCGGCGGCUUAAGGACUCUGUUCUUGGUCCAAGCCUGCACCUUCGGCCCCGUUAUCUUCAACUGUUACUACGCCCAUCCACCCUUCACCAAGGAGACCUACACCACAUGGUCGUGUGCCUCUUUCAUUGAGAUCUACAUCCACAUGUCCUACUUGGCGGUUUGGAUUGCCUACAAGGAACCCAACUUUGUGCAUUCAGCAAUUUGGACAUUUCUCAUAUUCUUGACUGGCUGCACGGCGAUUUGCAGCUACAUCUUCAUUCAGUUCCUCAAGCUGUCACCUGACGAAUCUGCACAAGACCCUAUCUACCAUGUGCUAUUGCGCCAUGAACACAAGAGCAACGAGGAAGAAAAGGGCAAGAAGAAGUCUGCUUCAGUGGGGGUUGCAACAACUGGCUUCAUAGUAUUGACUUGUUUGAUGGUUGCAACUCUGCUUUACUCUGCUCUCGCUGCUGGUUCUCCUUUCCGUAAGGAGGUCUUCCUCGCCCCGUGGGUGAUAACAACACUGAUCGACCACUGUUACCUCUCUGUGGUUCUUCUGGUGUGGAUUGCCUAUAAAGAAACAAGUUGGUUGAGUGUUUCCCUGUGGAUGGUUCUGUUCAUAUGUCUUGGCAGUCUUGCUUUUGGUGCUUACAUGAUAAAACAGCUGUGUCAACUCACUUCUCAAGAUCCAGCCUACUUAGUUUUGUUGAAACACAACAACAGAGCUGCCAGAGAGCCUCUUCUCAGUUCAGGUCAAGCUACCAAGGGCCAGAGACAAGGGAAUUAGCUACUAGCUACCUACCUGAAAUUCCUCUGUGUCAUAUUAUCUCUUCCUUAUCCUACUAUCAUCUUAUUUCAUCAAAUGAUGUUAUUCAUAUGGAGAGACAUUAUUUUUCCUUUUGGGUCACAAAUAAAUCAAAACAUGAUGGUAUAGACCCAAAGCCACCAAACAAACGGCACUUCCCUCUACUCCACUAUGGCUCAAUCAGAUCAAUGGCCUUCUCGACACAUUACAUUGUACUUAACCGGAAUCAAACACAAAUUUUGUUUUCUUCUCACUCCAAGUCCAAAAUGUGCCGUCAUGUCCAAACUCUCGGAUGUCAUCUCAGCAAGGAGCUUCCAAUCAAAAUAGUAAAGCAAAUUAGCUAACACAAGUUUGAAGAUGGCCAUAUAACAAAUAACAUGCCAGUACACCUCCUCCUUUCAACAUUAAAUGAAAUGAACACAAAAAACGUCU